AUGAUCUCCAGACAGCAGUGUGUCCGAGGCGGGUCCCAGGGCUUUAGCUGUGCCUCAGCUGUCGUUGGUGGGGGCAAGAGGCCUGCAUUCAGCUCAGUCUCCAUGUCUGGGGGUGCGGGCCGCUGCUCUUCUGGGGGCUUCGGCAGCAGGAGCCUUCACAGCCUUGGGGGGAGAAAGAGCAUCGCCAUCAGCAUGGCCGGGUGCCGGCAAGGCCCUGGAUUUGGGGCUGCUGGAGGUUUUGGUGCUGGUAGGUUUGGUGCUGGAUUUGGGGGUUCCGUCGGUGGAUGGGGUGGUUCUUCCUUCCCCGUCUGCCCUGCUGGGGGGAUUCAGGAGGUCACCAUCAACCAGAGUCUGCUGACUCCACUCCAUGUGGAGAUUGACCCCGAGAUCCAGAAGGUUCGGACUAUGGAGCGGGAGCAGAUCAAGACCCUCAACAACAAGUUCGCCUCCUUCAUUGACAAGGUGCGGUUCUUAGAGCAACAGAAUAAGGUUCUGGAGACCAAGUGGAGACUCCUCCAGCAGCAGACGACCACCACAUCCAGCAAAAACCUUGAGCCCCUCUUCGAGGCCUACAUCAGUGCCCUGAGGAAGCAGCUGGAUACCUUGGUCAAUGACAAAGGACGCCUGCAGUCUGAACUGAAGUCCACACAGGACAGCGUGGAGGACUACAAGACCAAGUAUGAAGAUGAGAUCAAUAAGCGCACAGCUGCUGAGAAUGACUUUGUGGUCCUCAAGAAGGACGUGGAUGCUGCCUACAUGACCAAGGUGGAUUUGGAGGCCAAGGUGGAUGCUCUGAAUGAUGAGAUCAACUUCUUGAGGGUCCUCUUUGCUGCGGAGCUGUCCCAGAUGCAGACGCAUGUCUCAGACACGUCCGUGGUCCUGUCCAUGGACAACAACCGGAACCUGGACCUGGACAGCAUCAUCGCUGAGGUCCGUGCCCAGUAUGAAGAGAUCGCCCAGAAGAGCAAGGCUGAGGCUGAGGCCCUGUACCAGACCAAGGUCCAGCAGCUCCAGAUCUCAGCUGACCAACAUGGUGACAGCCUGAAGAAUACCAAGAGUGAGAUCUCAGAACUCAACAGGAUGAUCCAGAGGCUGCGGGCUGAGAUUGAGAAUGUCAAGAAGCAGUGCCAGACUCUGCAGGCAUCCGUGACUGAUGCAGAGCAGCGUGGGGAGCUGGCCCUCAAAGAUGCCUACAGCAAGCGCAAAGAGCUGGAGGAUGCCCUGCAGAAGGCCAAGGAAGAGCUGGCUCGGAUGCUGCGGGAGUACCAGGAGCUCAUGAGCGUGAAGCUGGCCCUGGACGUGGAGAUCGCCACCUACCGAAAGCUGCUGGAGGGCGAGGAGUGCAGAAUGUCUGGAGAAUGCCAGAGUGCCAUGAGCAUCUCUGUGGUUGGUGGUGGCACUAGUGCUGGGACCAUUGCCGGAGGAUUAGGAAGCUGCUCUGGGUUUGGCCUGGGCAGUGGCUUUGGCUCUGGCUCUGGAAGUGGCUUUGGGUUUGGUGGUGGUGUGUGUGGGAGUUCUGGCAGCAAGAUCAUCUCUACCAGCACCGUGACCAAGAGAUCCUACCGAUAGAGGAGACAAGGUCCCUGCAGCCCCUGAGCCCAGCUGGGCCCAGCCCUGGUGUCUCUGUGCUUCCUUCACCCCGCCUCUACCCUCCCUCUCUGGGGCUCAUUUCACCUCAGCAUGGCCUCUGCCCUCCUGGAGUUUGGCAGCUUCCUCUCAAUAUGGAUCUGGUGAUCCACCUGGAAUGACAGGGGUGUCAGCUGAUUCUUCACUUCCCAUGGGCAGAGGAGAACACAUCCAGGAGCUUCAUCUCCAGAAUUAUCAGGGUCAUGUAUGCCCCCUCCCAGCCCAUGGUCCCGGAUAUCUCUCUACAUCAGGACCAUACUCCUCUGUUACUUGGCAGCAACUUGGCCAGCAAGGUCAGGACAGGAACCACUCAGGGUCCCAUGCACCUCUUCUC